ACAGGAGCGACCCCUGUCGUCGCCUCAGCCUGGCCCCUCGCGACGUUUUCCCGGCGGUCCCUGCGCUUACUCCCGCGAAGGCUUCUGGAGCGCGGUGACGUCACGAGCGUCCCUCCACGCAGGCCCCUGGCGGGUCUGUAGGAUAGAGGGCGGGGAGCCGCGACAUUUUCUGGGCUGAUGCUGUUCGUCCAAGGCCGAACUGGAAAAGAUCAGGACCGGCGGCAGGUACUUAACUAAAAGUCUGCCUCACUGCUACAACCGAACUAGAUGCCUUCUUCCACUUCUUCAGACCAAGGGAGUGACCAGGAGGCCUGUGUUUUAAGAUUUUCUGACUUGGAUUUAAAAGAUACAAAUCUUACUCAUCCUAGCAUCAAUCUCAAAGCAGAGUUAGAUGGCAUUACAAAGAAGAAAUAUUCAUUUGCAAAGAAAAAGGCCUUCGCCCUUUUUGUCAAAACCAAACAAGUUCCAGCCCUUCCUUUUGAAUGUAAAGAAAAAUGGUGGAAAUGCUGUCAGCAGCUAUUCAUGGACCCAAUCAGCAUCCAUAGACAUGUGGCAACACAACAUGCUGAUGAAAUUUAUCACCAGACUGCUUCUAUUUUAAAGCAGAUGGCUGUGACAUUGAGUACCUCAAAGAGUCUUAGGUCUGCAGACAGCAAGAACCUUCUAAAAGAGUACUUCACUCAUAGUCAUGAAGUGUCUGCUUGGCUCCCUGAUAUAAGCUGCUUUAGCCCUGAUCAGCUGAUAAGUGCCCAGGACUGUAAGGAAGGAGAGGUGCUGCUUUAUUACUGCUACCAUGACCUGGAGGAUCCCCAUUGGGUCUGUGCCUGGCAGACAGCUUUGUGUCAGCACCUGCACCUCACAGGCAAGGUUCGAAUUGCUACUGAAGGGAUCAAUGGGACAGUUGGUGGGAGCAAAUUGGCCACCAGACUCUAUGUGGAAGUCAUGCUUUCUUGCCCAUUAUUUAAAGAUUAUCUGUGUAAGGAUGAUUUUAAGACCAGCAAAGGAGGAGCUCACUGCUUUCCAGAAUUGCGUGUUGGUGUAUUUGAAGAAAUCGUGCCCAUGGGGAUCAGCCCCAGUAAGAUCUCCUACAAGAAGUCUGGGAUCCAUUUAUCCCCAGCUGAAUUUCAUAAAGAAGUAGAAAAGUUUUUAUCUCAGGCAAGUCAAGAACAAAGCGAUACUAUCCUACUGGAUUGCAGAAACUUCUAUGAAAGCAAAAUAGGAAGAUUCCAGGGUUGCUUAGCCCCAGACAUCAGGAAAUUCAGUUACUUCCCUAGCUACGUUGACAAAAAUCUAGAGCUUUUCAGAGAAAAGAGAGUGCUGAUGUACUGCACUGGGGGUAUCCGUUGUGAGCGUGGUUCAGCCUAUCUCAAAGCCCAGGGAGUGUGCAAGGAGGUGUUCCAGCUCAAGGGUGGUAUCCAGAAGUACUUAGAAGAAUUUCCUGAUGGCUUUUACAAGGGGAAGUUGUUUGUUUUUGAUGAACGUUAUGCCUUGUCCUACAACAGUGAUGUGGUAUCAGCAUGUUCAUACUGUGGAGCCCAGUGGGACCAGUAUAAACUCUGCUCUACUCUCCAGUGCCGCCAGCUCGUUUUGACCUGCCCUGCCUGUCAAGGACAAGGAUUCACAGCCUGUUGUGUCACAUGCCAAGACAAAGGAAGCAGGCAGGCUUCAGGCCUUACCCAGGACAGCUUCAAAGAGGAAUGUGAGUGUACAGCCCGGCGGCCACGCAUCCCAAGGGAACUCUCACAGCAUGUACAACUCCCUGUAAGCCUAGAGCCAGGGCCCACUGUUAGUGAGGAUGGCCCUUUGCUUGUAUGAGUGGCAUAGUCAGUAUUCCCCAAGCCUUCACAGAGGUUUGGGGCAACUGUGCAUAGCAAAAUGUCAAGGUGAAAGAAACUGAAAUUGAGAACUUCAGUGCUGGUCAAUACCAUCGUGGCAAACUGGUCACAGUGUUGGCCACUUAUGCAUCACAGGGAUGGGAGAGGAAGUUGAGUGUGGAUCUGAUUCAGAAGAUACUAAGAGUGUGGGAAAAGGGCAGACUGCACGGGAUCUCAAAGCUAUUGAGGUAUAGAGCCUUCGGCCUGGCGACUGUGUUGUGCCUAUUUUCUGCCAUGCAGUAGGGCUGUUAGUAGGCAUUACCCUUUUAGCAGACCUGUCAGUCCCGAUGGCAGAAAUGUAAAGUGCUGGCAUAGGGAGUAAACUCCUAACCCAAGCCACUAACUCACCUGCCAUCUUCCUCUGACUACUUGAGGGGGUCUGUAAAUUGUGAUGUUUGACCCUCUUCCUGCUUUUAUAAAAUUUCUUGGAAAACCCUCACCCAUUCCUUUACCUGUGAUUUGUGGCAUAAUUGAGUACUUGCAACAAAGAACAUAUGACCCACAGAGUCUAAAAUAUUUAUAAUCUGCCCCUUCACAAAGAAGUUUGCCAACCUUGGGUCUACAUCCAUGGUUCGUUUGAUGGAGACAGCCUAAAAGAAUGGCCCACCUUCAUUUUUUAUUGAUUUUGUUUCUGUGAGACCUUUCGUCCUAAUAGAUUUGCUUCCCCUAGUACAUGCUCUCUUAGCUUUUAGGAGUUGUCUCUGAGAGAUGCAGAUAAGCUCCAUGGCACUGGCUUUUGAACAGUAGUUUUUAGAUCAGCACCUGGGACACAAGACACUUCCCUUAGUGAGGUCAUGCCAUGGUGACCAUCCAGCAUUGUGGCCAGCAUGUGGGCACUUUUCUCUGUCACACAGGAACGAAGAAACACAUACACAGCCACACAUAGACCAACAGAUUUAAUAUUAUGUUGCAGUUUCCAGUGAUGCAGAAUGCAGCUGCAAUUGUGUUUCAAGGAGAAGCCAAGUGGGGAUGGCUACCCUGCAGCAUGGUGCCACUCCUGGCCCCAUUUUUAGCCUCAGUAGACACUCUUCAUAGUGGUUAGGCCCUGGCUCCACCUCUGGUUACCCUGUACUGUCUACAUCAUUAUAGUUCAGUGUGCAAGACUUUGCCUUUUUCAUCAGAAGCCUCAUAGUCUGUGCUCAUCAGCUCUUUGGCAUUGUCUGUUAUCAUAAGAUCUGCUGAAUCCCUAAUGAAAAUAACUUCCCAAGCGGCAAACAGAAAUACUAGUUAAACUGGCACUGUGGUAUAUUAAAAGGCACAAGGGCAGUGUGGCUUAACAUUUUUGCUGGCUCCCAAAUGAUGUGUGUGGUGUUAAAAAGGGAUGCAGUAGAGCUCAGUGGUUCCAGCGCCUGUCUCGCAAGCGUAAGGUCCCAAGUUCAAUCCCUGGUACCAAAAAAAGGAGGGGGGGCGUGCAGUAGAAAUAUGAAAAUUACAUUUUCUGAAUAAUCAUCUUCAGGUAGUUUGACCAGGAUUUUCUGAUUUCUUAACACCUAGAUUUUCUGCAUUUUUGUCCUUCAGACAUUUCAUUUGCAGGCUUAAGACAGCAUUGAUUUGUCUAGGAAGUGAUGAGACAGGUUGUUGAAGUCUUUAAGUUUGGCCAUGCCAAGUACAAUAGCCACAAUGGACUGAAAACUCACCCUUGUAGUCUGUGGCCUUAUAGAAGCCAUUUGCCCACUGUGUGGAAUAGAAAGGUACUGUACUUCAAGUAUUUGGCCAUAGGUUUUCACAUCCAUUCACUAAGGAAAUUGUUCUUUCUGACUCCAGUGUUCAAUUAUAAAUACAUCCCAGAUAUUCAUAAAGAACACUGAGGAAUAUGAUUGUUGUAUGGGAUGGUUUUUGAAUCUUGAAAUUUCAUCGUUGCCUUUUUCUGUAGUUUUUCCCAUGUCCAGCAAAAGAAAUCUCUUGUGUUUUUGUUUCCUGGCAGAGCUCUGUGUCUUCAGUCUGUCUUUCUUGAGAGUAAAGUUGUGUUUUUGAUGGAGUACUCGAUUUGGCAACUUUAAUCUUGAGGUUCUUAAAAUUUAAAGGAAAGUAAAUAAAGAGUGGUUAUCUGUUCUUUUUUGCUAAAUAGCUAAGAUCAAAUUUGUAAUAAAGUGUUUUAUAAUACUUCCAAAACA